AUGGAGGAGCGAGGCUCGAGCGGGGAGCUUCGGUUAAAGGACGAAGAAAGGGGGAAUGGUUUGGAGGUGGAAAUGGAGAUGCGUAAGGAGAAUAUGCCAGGGAUGGAUUGGAAACCGAAUACGGAUGAUGAAACGACUAUUUGUCCGAGGAGGGAAACGGGAAGCGAUCAAAAUGUAGAAAUACCAUUAACUCCUUUUUCUUCGUUAAUGAAAACCCGAAGUUCCCUGGAGAUAUACACGCUUUGCAGAAAUGGGAGCUCUAACGGAAGAGAAAAACGAAUGAUGACAUAUGAAUAUCAACGAGCAAUUUCAACACAAAGGAAACCGAUGAUUGCGGAGAGAAAACGUGUUUCUGUUGUUAUUGAAGAGGGGUGUGAACAUUAUGGGAAUGGGUGUGGAGUGUUCAAUUCGAGUUUGAGAUGUGGGAGGGAAAAGGGAAAGAAAUGCUGGGAGGAUUUAUGGGGAAAAUUUAGGAGGUUGUAA